UCCGGCUGCUCCGGGAGAGCGGGUUUAAAACCCGGGUGAAUCGGGGGGGGGGGGGGGGGUGGUUUCUCUCCGGAAGGAUUGAGGCGCCGCACAGGCCGCCUCCCAGCAACAAAGAUGUCGAGUCUCAGUAAAGCGGCUCAGCAAUGGGCCUCCUUUUCAAGAAUUUGGUACUUGAUUGAUGCCAAGAUGCAGCCACCUGGAAAAAUUGCUACAAUGUGCUCGGUCAGACUACAAGGGAAACAUAAGCCCAUCUACCAUGCACUGAGUGACUGUGGAGACCAUGUUGUAGUGGUCAAUACAAGGCAUAUUGCAUUCUCUGGAAAUAAGUGGGAACAGAAGGUGUACUCCUCUCACAGCGGCUAUCCUGGUGGGUUUAAGCAAGUGACAGCUGCCCAACUACACCAGAAGGACCCCACGGCAAUUGUAAAACUGGCCAUCUAUGGUAUGCUGCCAAGGAAUCUGCUUCGAAGAACCAUGAUGCAAAGGUUGCAUCUCUUCCCAGAUGAGGUGAUUCCGGAUGAAAUUCUUAAGAACUUGGUAGAAGAACUUCCACAGCCACGACAAGUACCCAGAAGGUUGAAUGAAUACACUCAAGAGGAGGUUAAUGCCUUCCCAAGACUAUGGACACCGAGCAGAAGCAUGCAUUGAUAUCUGUGCUCGGAUCCUGGAGCCCACUGUCAAAGCUGGAUAUUGCACUUUGAUCACUUCAGACUGAUUUAUCAGCGAGUGUACUUUGUCCGGCCCAGUGGAGAACAGCUCGGCCUUCACCCACACGUGAAUCAUGUACAGCCCUGUCUGAACUGUGCUUUGGUGCUGCUACUUUUCUAACAAAAUAUCCCACAUUCUUAU